AUGGCGGUUUGUGAAACUAAGGCAAGUAAUACUACGAUUUUCGUUGAUCAUUUCAAUGCAGUACUAUCGUACUUUAGUGCUCUUUUUGAUUGUCAUGGGACGUGUAUGAAGCCAGAAGAUCAAAAUAGAGGGAUCGCUGAGGGUGUUUACUUUCGCGAAAUAAUACAAAAUGUGAUCGUUAGUGAAGGAGAAGAGAGGUUUCAUCGACAUUCAAAGAUUGGUUUUUGGAGAAACUAUUUUGCUAGAUAUGGAAUUAUGGAAACAGAAGUUAGCGACUCAUCGCUGUACCAAGCUAGGUUGUUGAUUCAGAGGUUAGCGUGUAACAUGGAUAAGAAAACAGAAAAUAUCGAUGACGUUGGUAUCAAGGCUAUUGUUUUUUCAAGUGAUUACGUACUUGAAUACGUUUAUUUUGGUUUCUUUAAGCAUAUGUCGGGAAGACAGCCAGGGUUGCCUUUCAAUACUUUUAUGAUCUUGAGUAAAAUGUUCCAUUUUGAUCAACCUGACUUUGAUUUUGUUAGUCUUGAUGACUGGGAUUUUGAUGUUAUCCCUCUACAACAUCAAUCCAAUGUGGAAGAAACAUCGAAAUCACAUGAGAUUACUGAACCAAAGAAGAAAAUUGGAUCUCAAUUGCCUUCAGCACUCAAGAUCCUGACUGAUUAUGACACAACAAAGACAGAAAAGAAAAACAUCAUUAAUAUGCAAACAAAUAAUGAAUGCAAGUUAUCUACCGAUGAAAUCCUUCGUUUGGGUGCUGAGAAGUUCAUUCAAUCGUUUACUACAGCAGGUGAUCAAGAAGCAUAUCCGUUUAGCCAUCCGUUUGCUAGCUCAUUUCUUGGCCUUUUGGUGGAAGACACCAGAAGUGUGGCACUCGUCGAAAAUCUUCUUGCUUCUGCUGAGAAAGUAGAGCAGAAGCAGUUUGAUCGCGCGAGAGGGCUUCUUAAUGAGUGUGACAAGUCUUGUUCCAACACUGGAAAUCCAAUUCAGAGAUUGGUAUACUAUUUUUCUCAAGCACUUCAUGAGAGAAUUAACUGUGAAACCGGAAGAGAUUCAUCGAAAGGAAUUGGAAUGAAGCGAUUAGAACAUAUCGAGCAUUCACUGAUGAGCUUAGACCCCUUUAUGAUUGCAGCACAUCAAAGAGUACCUCUGUCUCAGGUGACUCAAUUUGCUGCUGUUCAAGCCAUCGUAGAUCAUGUAGCAAAAUCGGACAAGGUUCAUAUAAUCGAUCUCGAGAUUGGAAGUGGGAUGCAAUGGACAAUCUUGAUGCAAGCUCUUGCAACACAUCAAUGGGAAUCUGAAUCAUCACUUAAGCAUAUCAAGAUAACUGCUUUAUGCACCAAAUUAAGGCAUAAAAUCGAUGAAACAUGUGAGCGAUUAACGAGCUUUGCGGAAUCCUUGAACUUGUCCUUCUCCUUCAAUAUUGUGAUGGUCGAAGAUAUCAUGGAACUAAAGCAAGAAGAUUUUGAGCUAGAUGAUGAAGAAUCAAUUGCUAUCUUCGCGCGAUACAUCCUCAUGAGAAUGUUAGCCCGACAAGACAAGCUAGAUUCUUUGAUGAGAGUGAUUAAAGGUAUUAAUCCUCGAGUAAUGAUCGUUAUAGAGGUUGAAGCAAACCAUAAUUCACCAGUAUUCGUGGACCGGUUUGUGGAAGCUCUUUUUUUCUACGGUGCAUUUUUUGACUCGUUGGAGGAUUGCAUGAAGGACGAUGAACGAAGCAGGACAGCUACAGAAUCAGAAUACUUGAACCAAGGGAUUAGGACCAUUUUGGCAAAUGAGGGUGAGGAAAGGACCAUCAGACACGUAAAAAUAGACGUAUGGAGGGUGUUUUUCACGCGACAUGGGAUGGAGGAAGUGGAGCUGAGCAUGUCAUCGUUGUAUCAGGCAAACCUGGUGCAAAAGAAUUUUUCUUGUGGGAGUUCUUGCACAUUGGAAAUGAACAACAAUUGUCUACCAUUGGAUGGAAAGGAACCCCUCUCAAUUCAGUUUCUGCUUGGAAAUUCUCUUGACAUGUAA